AUGAUAGUGCCGCAGCACGCUGUUGCUUCAGGCGGGCCAGCGCUCCGUGACGUCAUGGUCCUUUAUUUGCAAGCGCUCAUCGCUGCCGCCGGCGCGGGCAUCUCCAUGGUGGAUUACAUUAUUAUCGCAGAAGGAGCGCGCGACCCCACGCUUGCAAUUCACUCCUCGCCGCCAGCGGGCUUGCCCAGCAACGGCAAUGACAUUACUUGGUGUUUCGGAGAUGUUUUCGCGGCGGAGCGCACGAUCGGCACCGCCCGGUGCGACUUCGGCACCGCCGCGGUUGGAGCAGCUGGACUGGACGCCGCAGCCAUGACCGGGCUCCAGACAGCCAUGCUCGCGACCGCGCGCGCGUUCGCCGUCGCUUGCCCCGCGGCAGUCUCGCUCCAGAGAGGGUUGCGCCAUGUGCGUGCGCGAUGA